AUCGAAAUUCGCUUUGAAUAAAACCCAGAGCAAACACAAUGGAGUCGGAACCAAGCUCCUGCAAUACGCUGGCUUCCGAAUAUGCAUUGCGUGUGGCGUUGCAAACUAUGAAGGAACGUUGCCUAGUGCUCCAGAGACGGCUGACUGUGUUGGAAGAAGAUAACCAAGAGCUGCGAGAACGUGUUGAGCAAGGAAAACCGGCAUCCCUUUCUCAAAACAACAAUGGCGCCAUGGGCGGCGAAGCUGCCGAACUGAUGCAGUUGCGUCUUCACGUUGCCGAAUUAAAUCGUCAAAAGCAACAACUGAGUGAGCACAUAAAUAUGGUUUCAAACGAAAACCGAAAGCUUUGGUCCCGCCUUUCCCAAAUAGCCAAAGAUAAAAGCGGGCGCACUGGUGUCACAAACGAACAAGAUAUUUUAGGUAACGUGGGAGACCAAGAUGACUUGCAAGCAAGCCCCCAAAAUGGCAAUGGUGCAAGUCAAAACCUUAUACGUUCUAAAACAUUUACACAACAUUCACCGAACCCUAAUCUACGCCACAAGCUAAUUCCAAAUGGCUCCGAACUAAGCAUGGAAGAAGUUGCGCUUGAUGGCUGUGAUAAAAACGGUGAAGUAGUCGAGGAAAAUAAUGAUUACGUGACAAGCGCAGAUGGAGAGUUAGGCUUCGCUUACCUAAACGUUGAUGACGGUGCUAGCGAAGCUAGCAGUAAUGAAGAUGCAGAUUUUACUUCUGUAGCUAAGAAAUGCAUUGACGGCUUACAGGAAAUGCGUCGGGAAGCGAUUAAGCAACAACAGGAACUGAAUUCAGCACUUGCUGUGCUCGAAAGCAAAAUUGCUCUGCAACCAUGCACAGAUUGUGUAAAAAACAAAAAGAAACCAGAAACAGCUGACAAAAGCCUUGAAACAGAUGAGAGCCUCAGCGAAGGGCUGAAUGCUAGUAAGCAACCUGAGUUUAACGGUGUGAAGGCGUGCCAUCGCCACGACGAAUCUGAAGAAGUAUAUUCAUGUUCCAACGAACCGGAGGACGAAACGUUUCUAGGUGUCGAUGCCUAUUACGAUAAAGUACAAGACGUAUUUAAUAUCGAGCCAAGUGAUCGCUUGUGUCCAUUAUGUGGAAAGAAAUUUGAUAACACUGUGCCGUGGGAGACGUUCCAGCUGCAUGUUGAGUCACAUUUCAUUGAUAGAGAUGUAGAUUUCUGACAAAACCCAAAAAUUUACUUUUCCUCAGAGCUAUAAGAGGAAUAAUGAUUAAAAUGAGAAUAUACUAUUGCGUGCUUGUUGUUAAAAUGGACUGAUUUUGUUGAAGAAAAUUUUUGUUUCGCAAUUAUGAUUGUGCGUACAAUAAUUAAAAGGUUUUAAGAAUUUUA